UGUAAUUAAAAUUGCGAUAAUUUAUUAUUUGGCCCGAAUAGUGCCUGUAAGCGCGUGACCUGCAGCCUCGUGCACGAGUCUGGGUUGCGACCGGAAGUGAUCUAAUUCCAGACCCGUUCCAAGAGGCCCGAAAGAAUCGGGGGGAUUUCUAUGGAAGAGAUGUCAGGAGAAAGUGUGGUGAGCUCGGCUGUGCCGGCAGCUACAACACGGACCACCUCCUUCAAAGGGUCCAGUCCCAGUUCCAAAUACGUAAAGCUGAAUGUCGGGGGAGCACUGUACUACACCACCAUGCAGACCCUGACCAAGCAGGACACCAUGCUGAAGGCCAUGUUCAGUGGCCGUAUGGAGGUCCUCACGGAUAGUGAAGGCUGGAUUCUGAUAGACAGGUGUGGGAAGCACUUUGGGACCAUCCUGAACUACCUCAGGGACGGAGUCGUCCCGUUACCUGAGAGCCGGAGGGAGACGGAGGAGUUACUGGCAGAGGCAAAGUAUUACCUGGUGCAGGGCCUGGUGGAUGAGUGUCAGGCAGCAUUACAGAACAAAGAUGCAUAUGAACCAUUCUGUAAAGUUCCACUGGUGACAUCAUCUAAGGAGGAACAGAGGCUCAUAGCUACUGCUAAUAAGCCUACAGUUAAACUGCUGUACAACAGGAGCAACAAUAAAUAUUCAUAUACAAGCAACUCUGAUGACAACAUGUUGAAAAACAUUGAGCUGUUUGACAAGCUGUCUCUGAGGUUCAACGGCCGAGUGCUCUUCAUCAAGGAUGUGAUUGGUGAUGAGAUUUGUUGCUGGUCUUUUUACGGCCAGGGCAGGAAGAUUGCAGAGGUGUGCUGCACCUCAAUAGUCUACGCUACUGAGAAGAAGCAGACAAAGGUUGAGUUCCCAGAGGCUCGCAUCUAUGAAGAGACCCUCAACAUCUUGCUCUAUGAGUCUCAAGAUGGCCGCGGACCAGACAAUGCACUUCUGGAAGCCACAGGGGGUGCUGCAGGUCGUUCCCACCACAUUGACGAGGAUGAAGAGAGGGAGCGCAUUGAAAGAGUGCGGAGGAUCCAUAUCAAGCGGCCCGAUGACCGAACUCACCACCACCAGUGACCCUGCAGUUUCUCCACUUUUCAGUGCCUUAACAACUACCAGCGCUUCAGUUACGCCCCUCUAUUUGCACACGGACAUGUCAGUUAAGUUUAUACAGAGUCUGCUUCCUUAUAGAGACAAAGGGAUACUCUUAAAAAAAAGCUAGUUUUGAUAAUGUUAUAUGAAUAUAGCAUAUAGGGCAGUGCAGCGUUGACCUCAAACGUCAGUUGUGCAUUUGAGGACCUAACUAAAAAGUUAUGAGAUGGUGUUAAUGUAAACAGAAGUGCACAACAGAUGGGUAGUUUUACUGCAUUCAUGACAUUCCCUUAACGUUUUGCCCUAUUUGCUAUUCAUAAAGCAAAUUCCACCAAAUAUAUCAAGUUGAUCAGCUAAACUGUCAAUUAAUUGUAGAUUUGCAGCUAAAGAAUAUUAUCAGAAUUGAGCCGUCAGCCCUAGUAUUUUCGUCCAUUUUGUCAUCAUUUACCUUAUUUUUUCUGUUUGAGUGAAGACUGUAGGGUUCCUGGUGCCUUAUAGAUUAAUACUGUGCUUUUUGUUUUGCGUGUUGUCAUGGAUGUUGGAUUUUUGUGUUUAGAGUUUAGUUUAUGCCCAAUUAAUUGUUUUUGUUUGCUUUGUUGCUUUGAAUUGAAGUGUUAGAGCCAGAUUUCACAGUGCUGAUAGUGUGUCUUACUGAGAUUUGAUUUUGAGUUUCAAAUCAAAAUUCAAAUCAAAAUUUUCAAAGCAAAAUUCACUGGUAUUGAAAAUGUCUGUGUGGAUUGACAGUUACAGUGAUCAGGGAAUUCAGUGAAGGAGGAUAUUAUUGUUAUUAUAAGAAUUCAAUCCCUAUUUUUACACUCGUUAGAGGAGAGUGUCAUACAAAUUCUUAAUCUGUCAGUUUUCAUUUUAUUAUGCUUGCUUAAACUCAGAGGAUUAUCUGUGCUGGACUUUUGAGAUGUCUGUAUGAGUUUGGCCAAUAGAGGGCAGUAUAGUGUUAUGGUGCUUUCGCUCGUGUACAUGAGGAGGCACUUUUAGAUGAUCAGAACAAGUAAUCAGCAAGUUUUCUGUGCCCUUUUAGCUACAAUCAGUAAACUACUAGAGUAAACUCGGAUUAUGCUAUUAAAUACCUUUCUGCUGCACUGUAUUAAAUUCCAUCAAGUUAAUUACGCUUCUGGGUUUUGUAAGUGAUCACAUACCAGAAACUGAGAUGUAGUCAGAAGCGUUCGGAUGUAUAUCUGUAAUUGAGUAAUGGACACCAAGUAUGAGAGUGUAAUCAGAGACUUGGCCACGUCAAAGAACCUCCAGGACGUACAGGAGUGCGAGCUCUCUUUCUCUUCAGCGUGUAGCAUCACAGAUUGUUUGUGCUCAUUAGUUUUAUUAAAGGUGUAUUUAAAAAAACAAAACAAAAAAAAAAAAAACUAUGAAAUCUGUAAUACUGUAGAGAAGUUUGUACAGACGUGCACAUGAAUAAAAAAGGUUUUACAUAAAAAUUAUUUAUACACGUUAUCACAAAUAAAGAUUUCUACAAAUUUUGUAGACCCAAA